GGGGCAGCAGGGCUGAUGUUGGGGUGCCUGUGGGGUGGCUCAGGGAUUAGCCUGAGGCUGGUUCUGCUGAGUGCUUUCAGACUCUGUCCUAGCACAAAACCCGGGGAUGUGCCAGCUCCCCUUCGGGGGGUGCCAUGGGGGGGCAGGGGGUGCAGGUGGGUCACGGCCCCGGGGGGCAGGAGCUAUCAGUGCCCUCUGCUCUCCCUGCAGCCAGAGAACACCAAGCCGGACGGCACCUUCCAGGUCACCAUGCUGCCCGGGGACGGCGUGGGCCCGGAGCUGAUGCACGCCGUCAAGGAGGUGUUCAAGGCCGCCAGCGUGCCGGUGGUCUUCGACGAGCACCACCUGAGCGAGGUGCAGAACAUGGCAUCGGAGGAGAAGCUGGAUGAGGUGGUGGACUCCAUGAAGGAAAGCAAAGUGGCCCUGAUAGGCAAGAUCCACACCCCCAUGGAGUACAAGGGAGAGCUGGCGUCCUACGACAUGAGGCUGAGGCGCAAAUUAGACCUGUUCGCAAACGUUGUCCACGUGAAGAGCUUGCCAGGCUAUAAAACACGCCACAACAACCUGGACCUCGUGAUCAUUCGUGAGCAGACGGAGGGGGAGUACAGCUCGCUGGAGCACGAGAGCGCCAAGGGAGUGAUCGAGUGCCUGAAGAUCAUCACCCGGGCCAAGUCGCAGCGCAUCGCCAAGUUCGCCUUUGACUUCGCCACCAAGAAAGGGCGCUCCAAGGUCACGGCCGUGCACAAAGCCAACAUCAUGAAAUUAGGCGACGGGCUGUUCCUGCAGUGCUGUGAGGAAGUGGCAGAACUGUACCCCAAGAUCAAGUUUGACACCAUGAUAAUCGACAACUGCUGCAUGCAGCUGGUGCAGAACCCCUACCAGUUCGAUGUCCUGGUCAUGCCAAACCUCUACGGGAACAUCAUCGACAACCUGGCGGCUGGCUUGGUGGGCGGUGCCGGCGUGGUGCCCGGGGAGAGCUACAGCGCCGAGUACGCCGUCUUCGAGAUGGGCGCCCGCCACCCCUUCGCCCAGGCCGUGGGCAGGAACAUCGCCAAUCCCACGGCCAUGCUGCUCUCAGCUGCCAACAUGCUGCGGCACCUCAAUUUGGAAUUUCACUCCAACUUGAUCGCGGACGCGGUGAAGAAGGUGAUCAAAGUCGGAAAAGUUCGGACACGGGACUUGGGCGGUUACUGCACCACUUCUGACUUCGUCAAGUCUGUGAUUGACAACCUGCACCCCCACUAUGGGGCCUAGGAGCCCCGCGGGCAGCCCCGGGACUUCUCCGCGCCCUCCACCCUCCACCAGCCUCCCCCAGCUUAAGGCCUAGCAGCGCCGCCUCCCCCCACCCACCCCCCGGCUGCCAGGUCCCUGGGGAGGAGGGGGCUCGCCUCCUCCCCAGCCCAGCACCCACCCGUGGCCGGCACUGGGGGGCUCCCAGCCCCCAGCUUCACGUCGGCUCCGUCUCCCCUCGUCCCCAUAGCCGGGGUGGUGCCAGGUGGUGGGCAGCGCCCAGCACAGCCCCCGGCAGGCAGCUCAGCGGGGCCGGGGUCCUGUGGGGUCCUCCCCCUGCCCACAGAAGCAGUAGCAAUAAAUAGGACCCCCGGGCUGAGACCCCACACCCAGGGACGCAGAAGGGGAAGGUUCUCGCUCGGCACCAGCAGCCCCUCGGGCUCAGUGCCAGGUCCUGGGACAGGCGGCUGUGGGGUGGGGGCGCUGCCGGCCCCCAGCACCCGGUGCAGGCCAGGGGCUGUGCGAGGGGGCUCUGGAGGCUGUGAGCUGAGCCCCCCGCCCCCAGGCAGGGCAGUGCAGGAGGAGGCCCAGGCACUGCUGGCUGCUCGCUGUGCCCAGGGUGGGCACACUGCUGCUGCUGCUGCCCCCAGGGGCUGUGCCCCACGGCGCUGUGGGGCUGGGCUGCACGCGCUGGGCAGGACCAUGGGGCAGACACUGCCCUGAGUGUGAGGGAGUGGGGCCUGGGUGCCGCCAUGCUCUGUAUCCGUGUUUGCAAAUAAAGGGACCAACGCUGCCCCCCAACCCCAGUGCUGUUUCCCCACAGGGUUGCUCUCCCCCUGCCCUGCCCCACACCAGCAGGGUCAUGGUGAGGUGCGUGUCGGCCCCAGCCCUGGCAGGGACCUGAAGCCGUGUUGCAGGUGCCAGAUGCCGGUUGUUGGAGCUGGGGGGUCCAGCUCCUCACCCCCACCCCCAGCCUGCAGCAGGGGAGCUCUGCCCAGGGAGCUCUGCUCUUACCACAGCCCUCUGGGUGCAGGAGAGGUGCCGCCCUUCCUUUGCAGCCACCAGCAGCCCCCUGGGGGGGGGCUCAGAGCAGGGGGAAAAGUGCUGGUCACUGCUGAAGCCUGCGGCAGGACACCCAGCACCGCACACACCCCCACAGCUGUGGUGUCAGACACAGCAGCAAAAAAAAAA